UCUGACACUGUUACUACCCCCGUUAUCUUCCCGAACGCUCUAUUGACCUUUUGUUAUCUGCUAGCUGCCAGAGCUCUCGACUAAAGAAUGGCUACUCUGGUAGGAUCGCAAUGGAUAAGAAUAAGGGCUUUUCCCGAGGUUUCACCUCCAUAUUUUCGUCACUCAUCUCUUUCUACACUCAGACGAUCCCCACUUAGGAGGAUUUCCUCUAUUUCUGGAUCUUCAAUUCCUAGUUCUGGCGUCGAUACUCCAAAAAGGGCUGAAGGAGAAGUUCGAGUUCGUUUUGCUCCCUCUCCGACUGGAAAUCUCCAUGUAGGAGGUGCAAGAACAGCUCUAUUCAAUUACCUGUUUACCAGGUCCAAAGGUGGCAAGUUUGUUCUUCGAAUAGAGGAUACCGACUUGGAGAGAUCUACAAAAGAAUCUGAGGAAGCGAUGCUGCAGGAUCUAUCCUGGCUUGGUCUUCAAUGGAACGAAGGCCCAGAUAUCGGUGGAGAGUAUGGUCCAUAUCGGCAAUCAGAAAGAAAUGCUUUGUACAAGCAAUAUGCUGAAAAGCUUUUGAAGUCUGGUCAUGUUUAUCGGUGCUUUUGUUCUAAUGAGGAACUUGAGAAAAUGAAGGAGAUAGCUAAGUUAAAGCAAUUGCCACCAGUGUAUACAGGAAGGUGGGCAAAGGCAACAGAUGAAGAAGUAGAAGAAGAGCUAGCAAUAGGAACACCUUAUACAUAUCGUUUUCGUGUGCCAAAAGAAGGGACUUUGAAAAUUAAUGAUCUUAUUCGUGGUGAAGUUAGCUGGGGCUUAGACACACUUGGCGAUUUUGUGAUUAUGAGAAGCAAUGGACAGCCAGUAUACAACUUCUGUGUCACAGUUGAUGAUGCUACCAUGGCUAUCUCACAUGUUAUAAGGGCAGAAGAGCAUUUACCCAACACUCUAAGACAAGCAUUAAUAUACAAAGCUCUAGGAUUUCCAAUGCCCCACUUUGCACAUGUUUCUCUAAUUCUUGCUCCUGAUAGGAGCAAACUGUCAAAACGUCAUGGUGCAACUUCAGUGGGUCAGUUCAGGGAGAUGGGUUACUUGCCUCAGGCUAUGGUAAACUACCUAGCGCUCCUGGGUUGGGGUGAUGGCACUGAAAAUGAAUUUUUCACGCUUGAACAGCUUGUUGAAAAAUUUUCUAUUAGUCGUGUCAACAAGAGUGGAGCUGUCUUUGAUUCAGCAAAGUUAAGGUGGAUGAAUGGUCAGCAUUUAAGGUCUCUUCCAUCAGAGGACUUGACAAAGCUUUUAGGUGAACGCUGGAAGAGUGCUGGCAUCCUCACAGAGUCAGAAGGGCUAUUCAUAAAUGACGCUGUUGAACUGCUCAAGGAUGGGAUUGACUUAAUAACUGAUUCAGAUAAAGCUCUCUCAAACUUGCUUUCUUAUCCACUGCAUGCUACCUUGGCAAGUGAGGAAGGUAAAUCUGUCUUGGAAGACAAGCUUUCUGAAGUUGCAGCCAGCUUGUUAGCUGCCUAUGAUAAUGGAGAAUUCCUUUGUGCAAUUGAAGAAGGCCAUGCCGGUUGGCAGAAGUGGGUUAAAAGCUUUGGUAAAUCAUUGAAACGCAAGGGAAAGUUUCUCUUCAUGCCUCUCCGAGUGUUGCUGACAGGGAAGCUUCAUGGCCCGGACAUCGGGGCUAGUGUGCUUUUGCUUCAUAAAGCAGGGAAAUGCAAUUUGAUUUCUUCUCAAGCUGGCUUUUUGACAUUAGAUGAAAGGUUCAAAAUGCUAAAGGAAGUUGACUGGGAAAAAUUUAACAAGGAUCAAUGUCAUUUAUCCACUGUUCUUGCUUCUCAAUGAAGUUUCACAAUUUUGAGCGUUCUUUUUCUUUUUAAUAAUUUUGGUAGCAUUGUGUUUUUUUUAAUGAAUUGUCUCAUUAAAUGAUGAUAUUUUAGUUUGGGUACAUGAAGGGUGCCAAUCAAGAGACUAAAUUUGUACGUUACCCAUUCCAUUUUGCUAUAUUUGAUUUGCAUUUUGCUCUACUGUCUA